AUGUACUGUCAGAAAUGCCGGGCCCCGGUUCGGCUGGAUAGCUCCCUUGAAGACCUUAAUCCGGCUGCAUUCAAGCUUCUAAUAGACUCAACGGCUACGUCCCAGCGUCCUCCGCCAACACCGGCUCGACUAUCAAGACCUAUGUACUCGCAGGACCGUCGUGAAGAGUACAACAGAGUCUCUCAUGACGUACGACCGCCAACUUUCAAGCGGACCGUACCCUCCAACCGGCAUGGCUCUGCGAAGGCCAAUCCACGGGACAAUCCCGCAAUGUCUUUUUUUAUGGUCACUGAAUCUCAGUUUGUUUCAGCCCCCCAACACCAUGCGGAUGAGAAAGGCGCCAAAGUCAUGGACGCUCAGAACCAGUAUGCAGAUGUCAUCUCUCGUGAUGACAGAUUACUAUCAGACAAGAUGGAGACCACUGCGCGCCUGUUUGAAACUCUAUCUGCACGAUCAGACAUCGAUCACCCGGUCUGCGUGGAAUGCACCGACCUCUUGCUGGAAGGUCUUCAGAAGCAACUGAGCACCGCCACGCGAGAGCGUGAUGCCUAUGUCGAGUAUUUACGCCAAGCUAACGACGAUGUUCCAAGCGCGGAGGAGCAGCAGCAAGCGCAAAAAGAGCUACAGAAAGCCCUCGAGAACGAGCAAGCGUUGUUCGCAGAGCUCGAGCGGCUUGAGUCCGAGAAGGCCGCCAUGGACGACGAGUUCUUAACGCUAGAAGCUGAGGCUCGCGCACUGGACCUUGAAGAAGGAGCGUUCUGGCGGGAACGCAACGCAUUCACAUCAAAGCUUGGUGCUUUCCAGAACGAAAGAGAUCGCGUUAGCGCCCGCCACGACCAUGACACCAGACAGCUGGAACGCUUGCAGCGCACAAAUGUCUACAACGACACCUUUUGUAUCGGACACGAUGGCUACUUUGGCACCAUCAAUGGACUCCGCCUGGGUAGGUUGCCUAAGCCGAACGUUGAAUGGCCAGAGAUCAACGCAGCCUGGGGCCAAACAUGUCUCCUCCUCGCCACUGUUGCCGAAAAGCUCGGCUACACGUUCCAGGGCUACCGCCUCAAACCCAUGGGCUCCACUUCGACGAUAGAGAAACUGGAUUCGCCCGCCGACUCUACUCGCUCUGCCAAGCCUAAAGUCACAGUCCUUGAGCUUUAUCAUUCGGACUCUGCUUUCGGUCUAGGCACCAUCCUACAUAGCAGCUUCGAUAACGCUAUGGUCGCCUUCUUAGAGUGCUUGAGACAGCUAGGCGAAUUUGUAGAGGUCACACCUGCGAGAAUAUCUAAUGGCGUUCCAGCACAAGCGCUGAAGAUGCCAUACGAAAUCCGCAAGGACAGGAUUAAUGAUGUCAGCAUCAGACUCAAAGGCUUCAACACUCAAGACGAGAUCUGGACCAAGGCGUGCAAGUAUGCGCUCACAUGCUGCAAAUACCUGUUGGCUCAUGCAAGCAACGUUAGUAGCUCGGGAAAGAGGGCGCCGUAA